AUGCCGACGGCCGCGCGGCUGCUGCUCCUUGCUCUGGCGCUGGCGCUGGCGCUCCCGCUCCUGGUCCUGGCAGGUGCCUGCCAGGAUAUUAGAAUGACAAAUGAGGUUCUUGCAGCCAACCAGCCCUUUGCUGUUAAUUGCACAUACCCUCCCCUGACAUUGGGGGACGUGAAUGUGACCUGGUACAAAGUGCCCAGCAAUAUUGCAUUGUCCAGAAACAUAAGGUGGAGAAUUCACCAGGAGCACACCUGGAUUUUGAUUCUUCCUCUUAGUUUGGAGGACUCAGGGAUAUAUCAGUGUGUUAUAAAGAACACCAAAAGUUGUUACACAAUACACGUCAACCUCACUGUUAUCAAAAACUACUCAUGUACCAGCUCUAGAAGCAGUUUGCCAAGCUUAUUGAAUGAGUACAGUCAAAUAUUAAACUUUGGAAACUCGGGCAGUCUGCGAUGUCAUGUGCACUUCCCAGACAGUUGCCUUCUGGAUUCCAUAAAGUGGUAUAAGGACUGUAAAGAGAUUACCCGGGAUCCGCAGAAGUUUGUUUCUUUGGAUAUGAAGCUUUUUGUGUACAAUGUUUCGGCUGAGGAUGGGGGGAAGUACACAUGCACAGCCAUACUGAAGCACCAGGGGCAUCCAGGGAUCCAGUACAUGGUUUUAAAUAGCAUCGCUGUGAGCAUCACAGACGGAGGUAGACCUGGAGGAAGAAUUCCUAAGAUUAUUUAUCCUCAGAAUAAUUCCAUUGAAGUGCGACUUGGCUCCAUGCUCAUUGUGAACUGCAACAUAACAGACACCAAGGAGAACACGAACCUCCGAUGCUGGAAAGUCAACGACACCGUGGUGGACAGUUACUACAACGACUCCAAACGCAUCCAGGAGGGAAUCGAAACCAAUGUCUCUUUUCCGGAACACAUUUUUUACACGGUCAACAUCACCUUCUUAGAAGUGAAGAUGGAGGACUAUGGCCUUCCUUUCACAUGCCAUGCCGGGGUAUCUGCUGCCUACAUCAUGCUAAGGCUCCCAGCUCCAGACUUUCAGGAGUACUUGAUAGGAGGAUUUGUUGCUUUGGCGGUCGUGGUUAUCUCGGUGUUGGGUGUCUACAGAUUCUUCAAGGUGGACAUCGUGCUUUGGUAUCGAAGUGCCUUCCAUUCUGCUGAGACCAGAGAAGAUGGGAAGCUGUACGAUGCCUACGUCCUGUACCCCAAGCCUGAAAGGGACAACCAGUGCCACAAGGCGGACAUGCUGGUGUUGAAGUUCCUGCCUGAGGUGCUGGAGAGGCAGUGCGGAUAUAAGUUAUUUAUAUUCGGCCGGGAUGAGUUCCCCGGACAAGCUGUGGCCAACGUCAUCGAUGAGAACAUCAAGCUCUGCAGGAGGCUGAUUGUCAUCCUCACUCCUGUGUCCAGUUGCAGCCUACUGAAGAACCUGUCAGAAGAGCAGAUCGCAGUCUAUAAUGCGCUCAUCCAGGAUGGGAUGAAGGUGAUUCUCAUUGAGCUGGAGAGGAUGGAGGACUACAGCACCAUGCCGGAGUCCAUCCAGUACAUCCAGCAGAAGCACGGGGCCCUGCGGUGGUGCGGGGACUCCGCAGAACAGUCACAGUGUGCCAAGACCAAGUUUUGGAAGAGAGUGAGGUACCAUAUGCCACCCAGAAGGUACCCACCGUCUCCCCUGGGUCAGCUGCAGUGGCACACUCCCUACAACUACACGACGGGCAAGUGGGAGCCCACCAUGGGGCCGGUCACCCACUGA